AUGUCACUCACCAUCCGCACGCUCGACCCUGCCCGCGUGACUGACGCCGAGCGGGAUGCCUUGACCGACGUGCUCGCGCGGUCGUUUGGGACCUACACGCCCCAUGUGCUCCUGUACGGCGCUGACGCCGACCUUGACGACCUCGUGAUGCGCAUCUGCGUCGACCACGCGCUGAAGCGGCAUGUCGUGGUGGUCGCGGAGCGCGGCGGCGCCGUUGUCGGCGUCGCGAUGUGGCUCUUUGAGAACCUCCAGCCGGCAUACAUCAAGGAAGCGUUCGGCGACGCCACCAAGCAGUGGUGGCUGCUUGCGCAGCUCGGCGUCAGCCCGAGCGAGAAGGGGACCGGCGUGGGAUCGGCGCUGCUCAAGGCCAAGCGCGAGGAGACGGACACGCCGCUGUAUCUCAACACGCAGACCCCGGCCAACGUCGCGUUCUACGAGAAGAACGGGUACGACGUGCGUGCCGACAAGGCGUUCGACGUGCCGUGGUCUGAAGAGAAGUGGCACGACCACUUUAUGAGCAACCCAGGCGACGCGUAG